AUGAGGCUGGCAGUGGCUGGACGAGAAGAGAGAGAGAAGAGUGGUGUACAAAUGGAGAGGCCUAUAUCCAGUAGUGGACGGAAUCAUGACGCUGAUGAUGAUGAUGAUGAUGAAUCGUGUUCUUCUAUUUUACUCUAGAUUUGCUCGACGUACGACGACCUUAUGACACCAUUAGUGGUGUUGAAGACAAUUCCACAGAAGCAUUUUAAAAUAACAUACAUAUUACUGCUCGCAAUUCAGAAGAGAGGACAAUUAGAGACGAAAUUAUGUACAAUUGCUGAAGUUCAAAGAAGGCAAACUAGGAAUUUGUCAUCUAAUACAGGUUUUAAUCUAGGACGUAGGCAAAAUAUAGUGCCUCAAAGAGCCAAUAGACUACCACAGACGGAGCCCUACAGGGCUGAUGUUCAGCCACGGUGGAGGGGCAAGCGCAAUGAAGUGCCACGGUCACGGCCUAAAGCAGGAGAAGGAACGGUGGUUUACGAGUGUGGAGUGCUGCGUGUAGCGCACGCGCGAGGCCACUCCGCACGCCGCUGCCGCCGCGGCCGCUCACGCCACACGAAUACAUCGCAGAUCGCGAUCGCGAUACCUCGCUACUUCGUUCACCGUAUCACGCAACUAUGGCAAGUCGGUACCAAGUAUGUGCGGUGUAAGCGGUGCAAGUGCGAGGCAGGCGCGUGCAGGGCGAGUGCGGUGAGCGCGCGAUGCGCGUGCCCGCUCGUGCCCGCGUUCCCGCCGCGCGAUGAGCGCGCCCCGCUACACGCGCUGUCUGCACGCGCACGCGAUUUUUCUACUCUUGAUACGAGUUCUACCAUUCACGGUGGCACAGAUUACACAAUAACCCUUUAUCUGAAUCAAUACUGGAAGGAUGAAAGGUUGGCUUUCGGCCUUCCGGAUGAGGUAUUGACGCUCUCAGGGGACUUUGCUGAUAAGAUUUGGGUGCCCGAUACUUUUUUCGCUAAUGACAAAAAUAGUUUCCUGCACGACGUGACGGAGCGCAACAAGCUGGUGCGGCUCGGAGGAGACGGCAGCAUCACGUACGGGAUGCGGUUCACCGCGACCCUCGCCUGCAUGAUGGACCUCCACUAUUACCCCCUGGACAGCCAGAACUGCACCGUCGAGAUUGAAAGCUAUGGGUACACUGUGUCAGAUGUGGUGAUGUACUGGAAGGAGACGCCAGUCAGAGGGGUGGAGGAUGCAGAACUCCCACAAUUUACUAUACUUGGACAUGAAACGAACGAUAGAAAGGAGAAGUUGGCGACGGGCAUUUACCAGCGGCUGUCGCUCAGUUUCAAACUGCGCAGGAACAUUGGAUACUUCGUGUUCCAGACGUAUCUACCCAGUAUACUUAUUGUGAUGCUGUCCUGGGUAUCGUUUUGGAUAAACCACGAAGCUACGUCCGCUAGAGUUGCUUUAGGUAUCACAACGGUACUCACGAUGACUACAAUAAGUACGGGAGUACGCAGCAGUUUACCUCGUAUUUCCUACGUCAAAGCCAUAGACAUCUACCUAGUGAUGUGCUUCGUGUUUGUGUUCGCGGCUCUGCUCGAGUACGCUGCCGUCAACUACACGUACUGGGGCGCACGAGCGCGGAAACGAGCCAAGUUAAAGAACAGAGACCAACUAUCCACUAGCGCCAGUGUUGAAAAGGAAUUGAAAUGUUCAGGUUCACGUUCCCCAGAAGAAAUAAUUGCGCUGCGAGAGUGUGCAACGACUGCUGGUCGCGUGUCUCCUCUUCUUGGGCUACGGUCGAAACCGCUUCCAGCCGCCACCGGAGCACCCCCGUCCUUACGACUACAACGCGACCACACCCAGCUACGAUACAGAACAAGGCCCCAUUCUAGAAACUCCAGAAACGGAUCAACGGGAAAACCCAAAGUAAUGCACGCACUCCGUCGAGGCGCGACCGUCAUAAAGGCUUCUAUGCCGAAGAUAAGGGACGUGAAUGUCAUAGACACGUACUCACGAGUCGUGUUCCCGAUCAAGCCCGAUGGAGUAAGAGUUGGAGACCCGAGCGUACGGCGCGUAGCGUUCCUCGCGCGCCUCAAAGAGCCAAUAGACCACCACAGACUGGGCCCUAUAGAGCUGAUGUUCAGCCAGGAUUGCGGGUUCCUUCUCCUGCUCUGGGCCGAGGUCGCGGUGCCUCAUUGCGCUUACCCCGCUACCCCGGCUGAACAUCAGCUAUACAGGGCCCCGUCUUUGGUGGUCUAUUGGCUCUUUGAGGCGCGCGCGGAACGCUACGCACCGUACGCUCUGGUCUGGUUCUGUUCGGGCGGCGAGCUACCCUUACUCGCCGUCCGCAGACCUGCGCUUACGGUGGCCGGAGAUCAUUUCUCGAUCCCCGACGCCAGGAAUGUCGUCUGUCAUCAAAAAUUUUUAUAA